AUGUACCCCCAGCCUUCGAGACCUGAGCCUUCUCAACUGUCCACGUUCAGACCCACUCGUGAUCUUAACAUUUUCGAGCUCUCUGAAGAUGAAGCCAGUGCAACAGGCUUGCAAAACGAGACUUCGGUGCUUUCCAUCGACCGGGAGGAGAUACUCGCGCUUCUAGGGACAUUCACUCUUACCGUUUUGAAGGGAUCUGUUUCUAUACUCGGCGUAACGUUGUCUGCCUCAAAGGUAGCUCACCAUGUGUUCGCCUCUCGUUCUUCUCCGAUUCCUAUCUUACAAUGCGCCUCAUCGGACGUAUCUGCCAACUUGAACAUAUAUCCCCUUCCUCCUCGCGUCAAACAUAAUCUUGGUGGAGCUGUAGUAGCGAUUCAAUCGCUCGAUACAGGCGUAGAAGGCCUCGGACAUGUAUGCCGCGUCUUUGAUGGUGUUUUUGAACCUUCUCGUUGGCAGCGGAGCUCGGCAGAGGUUAUACGGCCUGGCGUGAGCUUGAUGACGCACAGCAACAAGGACGUGCUGCCUUUCGUACUUCCAGAAUCAUGGAAUACUGCCCUCAGCGCUGCAGAGACGCCACCAUGUUCAGCGGAUCUCAUACCACUCCCGGUAUAUAUUGUCAAGGGUCCGAAGAAGUCUGGAAAGAGUACGUUUGCUCGGACGCUCUUGAACAGGCUUCUGGCGAGAUUUCAGCGCGUUGCAUAUCUUGAAUGCGACGUAGGGCAAUCCGAAUUUACACCUGGGGGUUUGGUCGCCCUAAAUGUAAUCGAUAACCCGGUAUUUGGCCCGCCCUUUACGCAUCCUAGUCUUCCAUACCGAGCGCAUUAUGUUGGAGCGACUUCACCACGGUGCAGUCCGGCACACUAUCUUGCAGCCAUUCAAGCGCUCCUCGAAACGUACAAACUCGAGAUUCAAACUUCCAUGCCCGAUGACGAGUCGAUUGACAUGCGGGUCACCGACGUUACGCCCCUGGUGGUUAAUACAAUGGGGUGGACGAAGGGUCUUGGUGCUGACCUGAAUGCCAAAAUCGAGGAACUUACCGAGGCUACUCACGUAUUUGAGAUCAUUGGUCCAGAAGAGAAAGGUUGGCCAGCCGCUCCGCCGACCUAUGACACUCUCCACAACCAGUCUGCGCCGAGCAAGGCGUUCCAGUAUACCCUCGAAGCAAUAUCACCAAAUUUAACAAAUGCGCAUUUUAAUGCCGUCGACCAGCGCAACUUGAACAUCUUGUCUUAUUUCCACGCUAUCUUUCCAUCUAUUACACCAGUAUCAUUCCCAUCUCCAUCCGCUCCACUUCAUCAAAUGACGGCAACCAAAUGGGAGACCUCUCAUCCUCUCUGCUCCCGGUAUCCGUAUGAGGUAGACUGGAGCCAGGCAUUUGACCAGGUCAUUUUAGUUGGUGCAGGAUACGAGGACGUGAUCCCCUCGGAGAUCUUCAACGUCUUAAACGGUGCGAUCGUCGGUCUUGUUGAAUGCGAGCCUGGAACCGAAGAUCCAGUAUAUCUGGACCCCUCUGGCGCCCAGCAAUUGCCAUACGUCCAAGCCAGGCAACCGCCUGCACCCUCAACAUCUACUUGCCAUGGCCUUGCCCUCAUUCGCGCUAUCUCGCCUAGUUCAUCGCACAUGCAUAUCCUCACCCCGGUUUCGCCCGUUGUCCUUGCGCGCUGUCGGGUGAUUGUUAAGGGCGAGCUGGAGCUGCCUAUCUGGGGAUUGCUUGACUUUACGGACGCAAAUGAAGGGGUCUCGGGUGUAGAGAAGGGCCGUGUGCCGUAUUUGCAAUGGGGUAAGAGCGAAGGCUUGGGCGGCGAGCGUAGGAGGGUGAGGAGAAAUCUCAUGCGAAAAGCCCAAAUGUGA